UCUCUCUAUCUUCGCUCUUAGAACUUGCACUCGGCCUCUCUGCAAAUUUUCCCGAGAAAAUCAUCAUCGGCCCAAACACCAGCUGAAGGAAAGAAAAGAAAAAAUGAUCAAGACGUUGAGUCCUUAUUCGUCCGCUCCGGCCUCCACGGCCAAGACGGCCGAGAUCAUGUCCCGGUACCGUCCCAUUGCCCCGAAGCCGGAGACGGUACCCUCGGCGAACUCGGCCGCCGCCGAGAGCCCGACGCCGUCGUCGAUGUCCCCCAAGAUCCGGCAAUCUCCGUACCUCCGGAGCCUCUGGCCUCAGCUCCAGGCGCGGCCGACUCGCACCCGGAAGCGCGGGAGGACCGCCAUCUCGCCGCCCGCCAUCAAGAGGCCCAAGGCCGCGGCGGCGCUCGCGGGCAUUCCCCCUCCCUACGCCCUCCCGCCGACGACGAGCCUGUCUCUGCAGGUUUUCACUCACGGCCUCCCGCACAUUCCUCUCGCCGGCCUGAUGGAAAGCCCCCCGGUGGCCCUGGUGGCUUCGGCCGCAGCAGCGAGCAGCCCGAGGAGCCUCGUCACGCUCCCGCUCCUGCCGUGCUCGCCGGAGCUCAACUGCAUGAACACGGUGCGGGGCGAGGAGGCCGCCGCAAUGGACUUGAACGUCAACUCGGCCGUGGAAACAAUCCCGGAGGAGAAGGACCUGCUCCGGCAGCUCCAGGGGCCCGCGUCCGGCGGCGGCAAAGUGAUAUCCCCAAGGCCUGUGCGGCCGGUUGGGUCGAGCAUAACCGUCGGGCGCAUGAGCGAGGACCGGAGGCCAGACUCGCCCGCGCCGCCACGGGCAAGGCAGAAGCCUGAGGAAGUGGAGGAGGAGGUGGAGUCGGAGGCGCUGCCGGCGGUGAUAUCGGACUCGAACAACCGGGUGAGGGUGGUGAACUCGGCGUACAAGGAGAUGGUGGGACAGCCAGAGUGCCCGUGGCUCGAGGCGAUGGGAGGGCGUCGCAUCGGAGGGGAGGUGGCAAUCCGGAUGUGCGACGAGGCGGCUAGGGUGCCGGCAUGGGCGGACGGGUUCUCCUGCUGGGCGAGGAUCGAGUGGGUGGGGAGCGGGGGGGAGAAGAGCUCGGUCAAAGCGUUCUGCGACGCCAUCAGGCUGCGCUGCGAGUCCAAGGACUACCUCUUCACCUGGAGGUUCCACACCAACGCGUCGUCCGAGUCCAGCUCCAGUGCCGUCUGAAUGAAAUCUUUGUUUAACUGGUUAGAACGUGUUGAUUCGCGUCCCGUGCAUAUACAGACUCUUUCUUUAAGUCCCUUAAGUACUAGACAAGACAUCAUUGUAGGUUUUAUGUGCUUCUCCUAUGUAAUGUAAAUAUUAAAGCAUGUCAGGAA